UCUUCUUCAACACUUCCCUGGGCAAAAAAUGUUGCCUAUGUACAUUUUCUAGUCAUGUCUGUCCUCAUUGCAGAUGCUGUACAUUGCUCCUUGGACAGAAACGUGAUCGAUUCCAAUCUCCUGACCCAGAAGAUUGGUACCAGCCGAACAACAAUAGUUGAUAUUAGUGGACAAGGAGACUUCAGGACCAUUCAAGCAGCAAUUGAUGCUGUUCCAGAAGGCAAUUCCAAUUGGACCAUUAUUCAUGUGAGGAAAGGUGUUUACAGAGAGAAGGUGCACAUACCUCGUAAUAAACCCUAUAUAUUCUUGAGAGGCAAUGGAAAGGGUAAGACAUCCAUCGUUUGGUCUCAGAGCUCUGUCGACAACUACCAGUCCGCUGCUUUCCUUGUUGAAUCACACAACUUCGUUGCCUUCGGUAUUAGCUUCAAGAAUGAAGCUCCAACUGGGAUUGCUUAUACCUCACGUAACCAGUCAGUUGCAGCAUUUGCUGGGGCAGAUAAAGUUGCAUUCUACCACUGUGCAUUCUUUAGCUCACACAACACUCUCUUUGAUUACAAAGGCAGGCAUUACUACGACAAUUGCUAUAUUCAGGGUUCCAUCGAUUUCAUAUUUGGACGCGGUCAGUCUAUGUUCCAUAACUGCGAGAUAUUCGUGAUUGGAGACAAGAGGGCUGAGAUCCAUGGAUCCAUCACAGCUCAUAGCAGGCGAAGUGCUGGUGAAAACAGUGGUUUUGUGUUCGUUGGAGGGAAGAUCUAUGGGGUUGGUAGUUUGUACUUGGGUAGAGCUAAUGCACCCUUUUCUCGAGUUGUUUUUGCAAACACCUACUUCUCCAGGACCAUUGUGCCUCAAGGAUGGACGAAUUGGAGCUAUGCUGGCAGUCCAGACCGUGUAUAUCUUGCAGAAUAUAAAUGUCAUGGUCCAGGGUCUGCUUCAAAAGAUCGAGCUAAGUGGUCAAAACAGCUCGAUGACAAAGAAGUAGCUCCUUUCCUCUCUAUUGAUUACAUCAAUGGCAAGCAAUGGCUCCCAGCAUGGCUAUGAACUGCCAAUGUGAAUACUGUACAGGAUGAGACCUGCUCCAAGUAAGAGUACCUCACAAUUGUAAAUCUUUUGGUGGUAGUUAGUUAGGACUUGCUCCUAGUACUAGCCCUUUGGAGGCUUAAGAGUCAGUAAAAUAGAGGGGCAUACUUUGUCCAAUUUUUUUUUUUUUUUUUAAUAAACUUGCACAAAUAAAUGUAAUGUAGCCAAGUACCAUUUACUAAGGAUUGAUGCUGGUCGAUGUUAAGAUCCUUUCCAAAGUUGGUCUUGGUUGGA